AAACGGCGUUGUGGUAACUUCGACUUGAACUGUGCAGCAACAUGACGGAGGCGAUCGUGUGGAAGCACGCGAGCGAGCGAGAGCUGGCGCAAUUGGCUACGCGGCACUCGGUGGACGACUGUAAAAGCGCACUGGCGGAGAUCUUCGAAUUGGAUCUUUCGGACGAGAAACAGAGGUUUUUGCUCGACUUCCACCUGCACAACUACUCGUUCUGCAGGCAAAGACACUUCGAACUCAACCAAACGUCAGUGUUUCUCGGGAUCUGCCAGACGCUCAUGAAGCGUGACUUCGCGAGUGACAGCACGACCGACCUCAAGAGUAGCUUUGAGUUUUUCCAGGCUAUGCUGCUCACGCACAGCGUCAAUCGUUCACCUAAGAGUGUGGGGAUUUUCAGCCGCGAGGAAGUCGCAACUAUCGUGGACUACGUCGCGAACUCGUACUACCGACAUUUUCAGCUCUACAAGUGCAUCUACACCCCGUAUUACCACUUACACUUCGUCCAGCGCGAGAUCAACGACGUCCAGACGCCCAAAGCUCUUCGUCCGCUCAGCCAGGGAUUCCUGCUCACAGCUAAACCGAUGCCUUCUGAUGAAAGCGUCAAAGAAAACGACGCAGAACCUCCCAGAGAAACUUCAGAGUCACCAGCAGACGAAUAACCAGCAUGCAUGCAAAUCUAUAUAGUCUUCCUCUUGAUUUUCACCUCA